UGUACUAUUUGUCUUUCAAGAUUCAAGACACCCAAAGUUUUACCGUGUGGACACACCUUUUGUUUGUGGUGUAUUGAACAAUAUAUCGGUGAUGAAAUAGAGAAUAUUCUCUGUCCUUUUUGUGAACAGAAUGUAAAGAUUCCAGAAGGUGGGGCUAAGAUGUUUCCUAUGAACUACACACUAGUGGAAAUUAUG